UGAUUGAAGUGAAAAAAUGUCAGCAAAAGCUAUACGAGAGGCCACUGGAAAGGACUUAUUGAACAGAUAUCUGAAAGGGUCGGCCAAUAAUUCACGGUAUGCUGUGGUCAACGAAGACACCAAUUAUAGCGAUUUGAUAGCAAGUAAUCCAUGGCUUAAAACAGAGCGUUUGGUCGUCAAACCGGAUCAGCUCAUCAAAAGAAGAGGCAAAUUAGGACUGAUUUUAGUGAACGCUGACAUCGAAAGCGUCAAGAAAUGGGUUUCCGAGCGAAUGGCCAAAGAUAUUCAAAUUGGAAAAGCGAGCGGAAAGUUAAGGACUUUCAUAAUUGAGCCCUUUUUGCCCCACAAACAAGAGGAAGAGGCCUAUAUCUGUAUUUAUUCGCACCGCUCGGGCGACACCAUUCUCUUCCAUCACGAGGGAGGCGUCGACAUCGGAGACGUUGAGUCCAAAGCACUUAAAAUAGACAUUCCUAUUGACGGACAGCUCGCCGAAAGCCAAGUAAAAGCAUUGCUGAAGAAUAUAUCCGCUGAUCGACUGGAAGUUGUGACCAAAUUUGUGUUUGACUUAUACCGGGUUUACGUCGAUCUGUACUUUACUUAUUUGGAAAUCAAUCCUUUGGUGGUCACUAAGAAUGGAAUAUAUGUAUUGGAUUUGGCGGCGAAGUUGGACUCAACCGCUGAGUUCAUAUGCAAACAAAAAUGGGGCGAAUUUGAAUACCCGCCCCCAUUCGGCAGAGACGCCUUUCCCGAGGAGGCCUACAUCGCCGACUUGGACUCCAAGAGUGGCGCCAGUCUUAAGCUGACGAUUCUGAACAAAAGCGGACGCAUCUGGACAAUGGUUGCCGGCGGUGGCGCCUCCGUUAUCUACGCGGACACCAUAUGCGAGUUGGGCGGCGCCGCAGAGCUGGCCAACUAUGGCGAGUACUCCGGCGCUCCCAGCGAACAGCAGACCUAUGAGUACGCGAAGACUAUACUGACUCUCAUGACCAAAGAGAAGCAUCCGUUGGGAAAGCUAUUGCUGAUCGGCGGCGGGAUCGCCAACUUCACGAACGUCGCCGCGACCUUCAAGGGCAUCGUGAAGGCGUUGCGGGAAUUCCAGACCAAACUCAUUGAAUACGGCGUUCAGAUCUUCGUGCGAAGGGCGGGACCUAACUAUCAGGAAGGCCUGCGCGUCAUGCGAGAGACGGGCAACACCUUGGGAGUGCCGGUGCACGUGUUCGGACCCGAGACGCACAUGACUGCGAUCGUGGCGAUGGCCCUCCAGAAGAAGGACAUCCCGGAGCUGCCGGAGUCGAAGGUGACGACCGCUAAUUUUUUACUGCCCGGUAAUAUGCACGGCAACAACGGCGCCAACGGUGACGCCGGCAACGCGUCCGGUCAGAAGAUGUUUAACGGCCCGCACUCUGACGCCAACGCCAACGCUGUGAACGCCAGCGCCGGCGACGCAUCCAAACCGCUGUUCAGUCCGACCACCAAAUCGAUUGUGUGGGGAAUGCAGACCCGAGCCGUUCAGUCGAUGCUUGACUUCGACUUUGUCUGUUCGCGCAAAGAGUGGUCUGUGGCCGCACUCGUCUACCCCUUCACUGGCGAUCACAAACAGAAGUUCUAUUGGGGACACAAAGAGAUUCUGAUUCCUGUCUACAAGAAUAUGGCGGACGCCAUGAAGAAACACCCGGAAGUGGACGUAUUGAUCAGCUUCGCGUCGCUUCGAUCCGCAUAUGACAGCACUUUAGAGACACUGCAGUUCCCGCAGAUCCGCACCAUUGCUAUCAUUGCCGAAGGAAUUCCUGAGAACAUGACCCGAAAGAUGAACAAAGAGGCGGCGAUGAAAGGCGUGACUAUCAUAGGGCCGGCAACUGUGGGUGGCAUCAAACCCGGCUGUUUCAAGAUUGGAAACACGGGUGGAAUGAUGGACAACCUGUUGUCAUCUAUGCUCUACCGGCCCGGAAGCGUCGCAUACGUGUCCCGUUCUGGCGGUAUGUCUAACGAACUCAAUAACAUCAUCUCUCGAGCGACUAAUGGUGUCUACGAGGGAGUGGCCAUCGGUGGUGACAGAUAUCCGGGCACAACGUUUUUGGACCAUUUGUUGCGCUACGAAAAGGACCCCAACAUAAAGAUGUUGGUCCUGUUGGGAGAGGUCGGAGGCGUCGAGGAGUACGACGUGUGUAAUGCCAUCAAAGAGAGGCGUAUCACCAAACCGUUGGUCGCCUGGUGUAUCGGCACGUGCGCCGGUAUGUUCACGUCUGAGGUGCAGUUCGGACACGCGGGCGCCUGUGCUAACAGCGACCGCGAGACAGCUCUGGCAAAGAACCGAGCGCUGGGAGAGGCGGGCGUUCACGUGCCCAACACUUUCGACGACUUGGGGAACACCGUUCGUCGUGUGUAUCAAGAAUUAGUCCAAAACAAAGUUAUUAUACCUCAGCCGGAAGUGCCGCCGCCCACCGUUCCUAUGGAUUACCAGUGGGCGCGCGAGUUGGGUCUCAUCCGAAAGCCGGCCUCUUUUAUGACGUCCAUCUGCGACGAAAGGGGUCACGAGUUGUCGUACGCCGGCAUUCCUAUCACGACUGUCAUCAAAGAGGAGUUGGGAAUCGGCGGUACUCUGUCUUUGCUGUGGUUCCAGAGGCGUCUCCCGACUUAUGCGUCGAAGUUCUUUGAAAUGGUUCUGAUGGUGACCGCAGAUCACGGACCGGCCGUUUCCGGUGCCCACAACACGAUAGUCUGCGCCCGAGCCGGCAAGGACUUGGUGUCGUCCCUCGUGUCCGGUCUGCUGACGAUUGGCGAUCGAUUCGGUGGCGCUCUGGACGGCGCCGCCCGUCAGUUCAGUGAGGCGUACGACUCGGGACUCAUUCCUCACGAGUUUGUGAAUCAGACCCGAAAACAGGGACAACUGAUUAUGGGAAUCGGACAUCGAGUCAAAUCCAUUAACAAUCCCGAUAUGAGAGUCAAACUCAUGAAGGAUUACGUCAAACAGACAUUCCCUUCGACACCCGUCUUAGACUACGCUCUGGAGGUCGAAAAGAUCACUACUUCUAAAAAACCGAAUCUAAUCCUAAACGUGGACGGAAUCGUUGCCGUCGCUGUAGUAGAUCUGCUCCGAAACAGUGGCUGUUUUACUCGCGAGGAGGCCCAGGAGUACAUUGACAUCGGAGUAUUGAACGGACUUUUUGUUUUGGGCCGAACUAUCGGUUUUAUCGGCCAUUAUUUGGAUCAGAGACGACUCAAACAAGGCUUAUAUCGGCACCCGUGGGACGACAUAUCCUAUGUCUUACCCGAGUCUCAAAUGAGCACAAAUUACUUGGAGACUUUGGAGUGAUUUAUAAAAAUUAACAAUAAAUUAGUAAAAACCAAUUGGUGUCCAUAAAAAUACACGACUAUUCCCGGAGUAGAACUCUAUUUGUAAUUGGACUCAAAAUUAAAGCCAUUUCUAAAAAUCAACUUUUCAUCACUCGAUGGAC